AGCGCAUCGCUAAAAACGAAAAAUAAGGCCGUGUGUCAGACGUCUCAUACUGUGCGUUCAGGUCAGCGGAUGGCAGUUCCCUUUCUGUCAUUCACAGCCGGACUUUUCAUCAAUUACGAAGAGCAAAUGAAAAUUACAGGAGAAUUUUAUCUAAAGGACAGAGAAAAUCAUUCGCAUGAAAGUCGCUACGCAGGUAGACUUCCUUUGCGAUGAUUGGUUCACUAACUCAUAUUGGGUUAAAUUGCCAAAGGUAACUACUUUCAUUAAUUUAGUUGAGCGCAGGCGCGCACUGACAAAAUAAAGGGUGACUAGAGUCUUCUAAUGUUGCAGUCCAAGUACUCCUGGACGUGUUUAGUAGGAUUCUCAGUAAGACACGGGAAUAGGAACAGCGCGGCAACACAGGUAACCAUGCGCAAAAUCCCAGGAGGUGUAGAUAUUCUCGUAUGCUAAUCCCAGCACUAGCCCUAAUUUAACCCUUUAGCCUAACCCUAAACUUGCCUCUAGCCCUAGCCCCUAAUACUUGCGGAGGACCCACGACACAGGGUGCGUUCCUAUUUCCAUGUCCUGCCUGACUCAUAACCGGCCCAGAAAAUGCUUGAAUGCCUGCCACUGUUUAAGUAAACUUGGCGAGAUGGAGCAUUUUGUUCCGGACGGCAUAUCGCGGUGUUUUUUCUUUCGGACGUAAAACCUUCCUGCAGCAUCUCCCACUGAUCGACCGUGUCGUCAGGGCUUUCUAAUAUGUAUUGAGCCGGCAACUCAUAACACUUUAUCUACCGCCUCGGUAGUUUUAAACUGAAUUUAUCCGAAGACAGAAUGGGACUGCAUGUUGGAGUCCACUAAGCACACUGCCAUGCCUGCUGGGACGACAGGAAAACCGGAAAGUCGGGACCCACUUGCUAGCCCGACACGCCCACAUGCGCCGGAUAAGUAAACGGGAUUCAGCGAAGACUGCCUACAAUAUAGGUUGGUUAUCCGGCCUGACUAGUGAGAGGUCGUGGGCUGUGUGACGGUACUACCUUCAGACCUGCUUUGGCACAGAGCUGGCAACUCGGUCACCAUUACAAGCUAAAGCGACAUUACGCGUGACACACGCAGCCCUCCACUCAAUCAAGCUUCUCCUUGCCACUGUCCGGCACCGUCUUGGAACCUUAACAUGGCAUGCACUGGGGGCGGACUCAGACGUCCACCUUGAAAUCCAUGAAGUACUGGGAAGCAUCUCUCCACCAGGCUGCGCCACAUAACCGCUGCCCAGCAAGUCACUGCUGAAAGGGGUUUUGGGAGCCUAGAGAUGUAGGGUCUGGUUAGCCUGAUCGGACAUGGUCAACAUGUUGGUCACUCCACUAAGCGCCUAGCUACAUUACCCAGUCUAAUCACUUGUUUUUUACAGUUGCCUAACGUAGAUUUUCUCUAAGGCCGUGUAGUUUUUUGACUUUACCGUAUAGUGCAACAGAGUGAGUUCGGUAGCUACAAAUUUGCACAUGCCCUGUGAUUGGAAACCAUUGUAACUUUUCUGUUAGAAGUUACUUUCGAACAUUCGCUAUCAGCAUUUAACAUUCCACCGGAGUACUAAGGCAGAUUUUAUUUAUCAUCAUUUUCUGCGCUGAAUGAUCACCGUUUUUAGGUCUACAUUUGUCUGCUUGUUUAUCCAAUUUAGAUGGCAGUGGCCACCAAUCCGGCUGUAUGGGUAGUUGAGUCGAUUGUGAGCAUUUGUAUGUGGAAAUUCCCCAUUAUUUUCAAUCCUGCCUUCAUUUAUGCGACAGAUGACACACGUGCACCCGUUGUAGAUACAAUCACCCACGAAGAGGGGAAGUUGUUUUGUGCUUUGGCUGGCGGUCAGCAAAAGUGUGGUAUGUUCACUGCCAAGUGUAUUUCUACCUGUGUAAAAGCUGCAUACGACGACAUCGAACUGUAUGAAGUCUAUCGAAAUGGCAGCUACUACCGGCCGAAGUCGUCUUCGAACUGGGAGCGUUAAUGUGAACAAGUUUCAGGACCAUAUGGAUUAAGUCCUGCUCUGUUUGAGGAUGGAGGAAAAAAGCGACUGAAAACAUCUGAGCAAAAGCCUUUUUCUCAUUGCUUCUAAGAGAGGCAAUGCUAUGCUCUGUGAGGACGCCAAGAGCCCGUGAGAUGGAGGCAGCGCGUCAAAAGGAGGUCACCCUAGAUUUUUUGAAGGCGUGUUCUAAGUCAGAAUGAGAAACGUAGUUUUCUCAAGUUUUUGGCCAUUUUUACAACUACCUGUGGCAUACUCAAUUAAUUUCUCUCAUGUCCGUCCAUUAUUUUUGUUAUCACUAUCUGCUACAAACGCGCUUAUACCACUAUAUAAAUCGUGGGCGAGGCUUUCACUAGAUAAUUGACAGCAUCGAUCUCUUGAAUGGUAGCGCUGAAUACAUGUCAGUUACUUUUAGCCGCAUCACACCGUUCGUAGGUGUCUUAGGUUGGGGUAUAACCCUUGUAAAAAGGUUCAGCUAGACGACAUUGCCUCCAAUCGCAUUUCGGUAGCCAUCGGCGAACUAGAUAAUGCGUAAGUGAACUCAGUGGCUUCGGCUUUAUCAUUCGAAUUCAGUGCCGGGUCUUAUGAAACUUUCACCUGGUGAUCAGUGUUAUUUGCUGGCCGACAAUACUCACGGGUAGGCAGUCAUCAACCACGGGAGUCAGGGGAGCCUUACACGUGUGGAAGUUCAUAGUCCUCUUAUCACGCUUUCAGUGCAGAGGAUUAUCUCCGGUCGAGCACUCGGCUGAACAAACCUCGUAUCCUUAAGUGCUUACGUACGAUUUUAAGAGGGAUUGAAACGCUGUUCUUCUAAACAGACCAGUUUGCCCAGGCGGGAUAGUGAGUUCUCUUUUUAAGUCAUGUUACGGAUAUGAAGACUGUGGAUUUGUUUCUCACGUUCUUUAUGAAUUUUUUGAUAUCGCAUCUUUUUUAUGUAGACCCUUACUCGAUUACGACUGAUGGCACAUGUGUUCGUGGGCAUCUUGAUUGGAUUGCUCUAUUUCAACAUAGGGGAUCAAGGCAGUCUGGUGAUAAACAAUGCUGCGUUCAUCUUCUUUUCCGUCCUCUUCAUUAUGUUUUCUUCGCUGAUGCCCACCGUCAUGACCUGUGAGUGCCUUCACCGUUCCUGAGGACCGUUUUCCCAUUUGGCGCCACAUUUCCCAUAUUCUAUAAAGUUAUCCCGCUGCCCCCCCUCCCUCAAAGCGGCUACGCCGUUGUUUUAGGCCUUGGCGAUGCCUAAGCGCCUACGGAGCACACGACGUUCUCGGAGCGAAAUGCCGCUUCGCCAGGUUUCAUCUCCAGUCGACAUGACUCAGUCUCCCCAGUGAUUCACUGUGUGAGGGUAAAGGUCCAAUGAGGCCGACCGUGUGCGACCUUUUUUCGUUAUAAUAACUAUGAAGCGCGUCUGAGCUCCCUUGAGGUUUUAAAAGUCCUGGCUUUGUGGAUUAACAGUAAGCGAGAUGCUUCUGUCCUGUGGACUGAGAACCAACUUGAACUGGCACCCUGAUGUGCUCUUAUCGUAGGUCUAACUGGUGAACUAUCCCAGUAAAUAAGAUACGGCUUAUUCAGGUUCAGAGAUCAGCGCCUGUUUUCAUGCGCUGAACCAAUGUCUAUCUUCGGUGGCCCUCUUCCUGAUUCGACGUUGAAAAUCACGCUUGUGGGAAACAUCUAAUUUACAAGUAAAGUAAAGAAGAGCAGGUGGUUUCUACUAGUUCUAAUUCUCAUUAUUUUCGAUUUGUCUCAUUACACCUUUUAUCAGCAUUCAAAUUUAUUUUAGUCCCACUGGAAAUGCGGGUUUUCAUUACGGAACAUCUCAACUACUGGUAUAGCGUCCAAGCCUACUAUUUGGCUAAGACGUUUGCAGAUCUUCCCUUCCAGGUGAGUCUAACCCGGCAUCAGCCUGAUGUUCGGUUUUUUUUAAAAAAGACGCUAACUGAUGGAACUUAUAUAAAACUUUCAAUUAAGAAUGAUAGAGGAUGCAAGAUUUUGCUCACAAGCCUUACUAGUUACUAGAGCUCUGGCAGAAGCGAGAAACGUACCUUCGAAAGGUGACUGGGUAUAUUCUAUUUGCAAUCGAAUGUGGGGACCUUUCCGAUCAUUUCGGCGGAACCUAACAUUUCGACAAUUGCAUCCUUCUAACUCCUUUGAGGGUGGCUUUUAUCCUACAAAAUUAUAGUACAGUUGCAGAUGCUCACUGGGGGAGACAUUAUUGUCAGAGAAGGGCCAUUUGGUUUUUAACCGUCCGCACUUAACCAGUAGCCCUAUGGCCGCUGGUUCGGAUGACGGGGUAAUGUUCCGUUGUCAUUGUCCAACAAAGCGAAAGCAAGAGUCCCAGGGCGAUUAUCGGAAAGGAAAAAUAACCGACACAGGCUUAUUGUCUUUCUGACGUUUCGAACUAGCCACACCUUUAACUUUCAAGGAACGAUCAUUUUGACCAGCGACAGUCAAAAAUUAGGCCGACUUUCUCUCGAGGUUUUGUUUUCGAAUGUCAUUUCUAUCAAUUUGCAUUUCUAACUCCCUUCGAAUUUUAAGUACUGGACGCACAGAAUGACUGCGGUUGACUUAAUGAGGUCAACGGCGAGGUCGACUAGGGGUGAUCUGAUCAGCUCAUCUGACGGGACGGCUGACAAAUCACCAUGCUGGGUUUCAAACAUUUGACCCCGUCGAGAUAACUGGUCACGCAGGCAGCCCGCCAGGCAUUCAUGUGCAAAAAGACCGUGAAAAUACACACAAAAUGUUCGGGAACAGGACCUACCAACUCGUUGAUUACCAUCUCACCUCCCUAUCUUUGUCGACAAAACAUAUCGAUCAUUAAUUGACAGUCGUUAUGCAACUGCCUGCUUGGGUUGUAAACCCGCAACUGCAAGGCGAAACAGAAAUGCUCAUUUUUGUUCCAGUCCUCUGGACCAAAGUGCUACUCAUUCGGUCAUAGCCAACGGUGGCAGGUUUCGUGGAUCACGGUGCAAUUUAUGCGACGGACGAUCGUUUUCAGUUUUCAACACCAGGAGAGCGCUUAUGUGCGUGUGCGAAUGCGUUGUAGACCCAUGGAAGUUU